AUGUUCACAUUCCGAGGGUCAUCGCCUUGGCCUUGUAUUUUACUUUUCUGGCUGGCGGUAAGCUUUUUAUUACUGCUUUUUGAUUUUAGAAAGUGAAAGUGAGAGGACAUGGAAGCUAUUUUGUGUUCAAUAUACAGAAUUUUAUAAAAUCAAGCUUGAUACGGCAAAAAAUGUUAUACCACUUACCGGUAUUUAUUAAAAGUUUCGUUUCCAUCCUUAAAAAAGCUUUUACCAACUAAUCUUUUAAAAUUUUCAAAAAAUGAUUUAAAAAUUUUGAAAAAUAACAAAAUUUUCUCGCUUCAGGCAGUAGAAGCAGCACGAAAUGAAGUUGUAUGUGAUCAGAUAGACCUACGAAACGACCCCAAAGGCAGACAGUUUAAAGACGAUGUGAACUGUACAAUAGUAGAAGGAGACUUCAUCAUCUCCAUGAUUACACAAGAGAAUGUCACCGACGAACACUACCCUGUCUAUCACAAACUUCGUGAAAUUACUGGCAGUUUGGUCAUGUUUCAUUCAAAGUAAGUAGGGCAGACAAGACUCACAAUAACAAUUUUCAAUUUGAAAAUGAAUAUGUUAGAAAAGACAACGAUCAGAAUAUUAUACUAAUUAAAGUAACACAACAAUAACAAUAUUAUACUACUUAAAACAACCUUUUUACAGAGCCCUAAUGAGCUUGGGUCGUAUCUUCCCGAACCUACGAGUAAUAGGCGGUGACCAUCUUGUCAUGAACUACGCUUUGGUAGUGUACCAGAACAAAGACUUGAAAGGUAUCGGUCUUUCAAAGCUGAAGCUAAUCAAGAACGGUGGAGUUCGUAUUGCUGACAAUGCUCGUGUAUGUUACACUAAACAUAUCAACUGGAACUCCAUGUUGUAUGGGAAGAUAAAAGACGUGAUCAUCGACCCUGAUGACUCACAAUGUCAAGAACAAUGCAUCGUUAACGACGAGAAACAAUGUGAACGAACAGAGACUAAUCUAGCUUGUUGGUCCCCAAACACUUGUCAGACAAGUAAGUAAAAAUUAUUUGCAAAAGUUAUACUAUCGUUUACUGCGUUGUUUCGAUACGGUAAUACAUUCAUUUCGCUACAAUAAUAAAAAGCUUACAUUUAUAUCAAUAUUUUCAAAUUCUUAUUCAGAAUGUCCCCACCAUCGCUACACAAAUGGUUCAUUUGGUCCAGGCUGCUCAGAGUCAGGUGAAAAAUGUCAUGAUCUUUGCCUAGGCGGGUGUUUUGAACCAAAUGAUGCUGGAUCUUGUUUUACUUGUCGAAAUGUUGCUUUAAACGGAAUUUGCAUCGCAAAAUGCCCUGAAGGAUUCUACGAAUACCGUAAUCGCAAAUGUGUUUCAAAAAAGGAAUGUGAAAGUAUGUUGCCAUUACAUUCUGAUGGUACCUUCAAACGUCGGGAAGAAUAUAAAGCCUUUAAUGGAGUUUGUCACUAUCGAUGUCCUACUGGUUACCAGGAAGGUUGGUUUUGAAUGUUUAAAUUGAUUUUUUUGAAAUUUGCGUCAUUUUCUCUUUGAUCUUUGAAAUAUUUUUUUCAAAUUCGUUAGGCCAUUCGUAUUACUAUACCUUUUACAAUCUCUUUUACCAUUUUUGCGCUUUAAAACUCUGCCGGUGGUAUGCACUUUUAUUACUUUUUAUACAAAGAAACAAUUCCACCGUUUUUUACUACCUAUGAUAAGAUCUGACCUUGUUUUUGUCGUUUCAGACCCGUCAAACGGCAGGAAUUGCAUCAAAUGUGUCGGGCAUUGUCCCAAGAAAUGCGCAGCCACAACUCAAGUCGACUCGGCGGGCGCCGCCCUCAAGUACAAAGGAUGUAACAUCAUUGAAGGGAACUUGGAAAUCGAAAUUAGAAUUGGAAAUGAAGCCAACACCGAAAAGUUUACCGAGGCUUUCGGGGAAGUCGAAGAGAUUCAGGGGUAAGACGUGCAUAAUUUAAUUGGAAAGGAAAGGCAAAGGUGUAACAUAAUAUAGACAAAAAUUAAUAAAAUUUGGAAGUAGCAACACUUACAAUAUCUAAAAUACGCGCAAAAAACAGAAUCAUUUAAAAAAUUUUAAAAAAAUUAAAAACUCAAGUUUCUACCUUUCAGCUAUCUGAUGAUCCGUUUCUCGUCUGUCCUAAUAACACUUCAUAUGUUUCAAAAACUUCGAAUCAUCGGUGGUAACGAGCUCUGGCACAAUUACUCUUUGGUCAUCCUUGACAACCAGAACCUUCGCGAGCUAUUUCCAUUAAGAUACGACAAAUUUAAAAUUGAACGAGGCAAGAUCCACAUUGUUAACAAUCGAAUGUUAUGUUACAAGAAGAUCGAAACAUUCCUUGAAAUGACUGGCAUGAAGUACAAUGUUACCGAAGCUGAUGUAAGUGCCAGGAGUAAUGGAGACAGAGCGAUUUGCGACGAAAUGCCUCUGGAAAUUGAGGUGACUGGUGUACAACAACAUGGCUUCACAAUCAGAUGGGCUCCAUUCAAUUUGGCCGACACUGAUCAUCGAAAGUUCAUCGGGUAUCAGGUACGUGUCAAAAUAUAACUAAAAAGAUGUGGUUUGACAUAAAAAUGCCAAAGUUGUAGUUCUCCUUCACAUACAAAUCUCAAAAGACCAAAAAAUUAUCAAAAAAUUUACAAAUAUUGUAGUAGGAUAAAAUAAUACAAAAUCGCAAAAAAGUUACAACUGACAGAAUAUAAACACAAAGAAACACAUAGGUAAUACGAAUUCAAUCGAAUCUCAUUUCCAGAUAUUUUACAAAAAAGUAGACAAGAUCGACCCGAACCUGUCGAUUGAUGAGGAUCGUUCAGCUUGUGCAGAUACCUGGAGAAUGCAGUUUACAGAAGCUGCCAUUGAUGAAAGUGGAGAACCGUAAGUCCAUUAUUCGUUUUUAAUAUCUAAAAUUCAUAAAGAAAACAAAAAUAACUUACAUUUGAUUUCAGAGGAGGUGAAUUGUCGGCCAAUAGUGGAGAGUUCAUUUCGACUGGAGUUGAGGCAAAUUCUUUGUAAGUUAUACCUAAAAUUGUGUUUAAAAAACAUAAAUAAAGUAAAUUAGUUUUGCGAGAUGUUAUUAUCCAACAGGACAGAACAAUAUUACCCGUUUUUAUUUCGAAAAUAUAAAUAAAAACAAUUUUUUGUGAAAAUAAACGGAUCUUCACAAUGACAAACUUCUAUGCUUUAUAAUUUCUCCUUGCGGGACCAAAAAAUGUUGAAACCUAUUCGUAUUUUACAUUAAAAUUUUUAGGUAUGCAUUUUAUGUCCAAACCAGAGUAGUAAACCACCCUGGAGCUCGAAACGCCAUUUCGAAGGUUCAUUUUGUAAAAACACAUUUUGGUGAACCAGACCCUCCUAGACUUCGAUUCUCGGAAACUUUGGGACCAGACAGACUUGAAGUGACAUUUGAUCCUCCACCAGUCCCUCGUGGAGUUAUUACCCACUAUACGAUCGAAUGGGAAGCUCAAACUGACACUGAACUUCUGGAGCAUGCCAACGCUUGUUUGAGCGAUUGUAAGUUGAUUUGUGUUGCCAUUUCGAGUGGAUAGUUAAACUACUUAACUGUGAUUUGGACUUAGAUAUUGAUUAUGAAUUAUUUCUGUUGUUUAGGGUCAAAGAUAAAGGAAACAGCGACGCCUCAGAAGCCUCAAGAAGGUGUUUGUAUGAAAGAACAAGGAUGUUGUGAUUGUGCUGAAGUCAGUAAAAUGAAAGAGACCGUAUCUCACUUGUCGAAGCAAUACAAUGUGAAAGAACUGCCCAAUCUGCAAGAAGAAAAACUGGGUGAAAAUGGAGCUUUUGAGAAUGCGAUUCAGAAUUUGAUCUUCAUUCAGAGGUUGGUUUGUUGGGGUUGAUCCGAUGUUAAAGAUAACAUACACCUCUAUCUUAGAAAAAAAUUGUUAUAAAGGUAUAAGCUGGUUUUAAAAUUCCCAAGUCUUAAGCAGGGAAAUGACUUUUCCAACUGAUUUUGAAAUAUUGAAAAAAUAGUUUGUAAUUAGACGAAGUGUCACAAAAACUUAAUGAUUGCUUCAAUAAUCUUUAAAAAUUUUUACCUUGCUUUGCAAUAUGUCUUACUGCCAAGUAAUAGAAACAGCAACAGAGUCCAGUUAAAUGCUAUUAACGUCGCUUAUUCACUGAUAUCUCGAUAACAUAAUCAAAUCACCCUACAACCUAAUCACUGUAAUAUUCUCUUUAUAAAGAUGUGGGGUAAAAUACGACCCUCGAUAUUGCCGUCCCUUCUCUCGAGAGCCUGCCAUCUCUCCCAUAGACAAUCAGCAACGUCUGAAUCGGAAUCUGAUGACGACAACAGCUCAUCCGAAGCGACGACGACGAUAUUAUUCAUCGCCGAAGGUGGAGCCGGCUUUGUUAGGGUACUUUUACCAUGCUUUUCUAUCGCUUUCCGACUAAUUACACCCGGCUGUUACUUUACUAACGUCACACACUAACUUUCUUUGCUAUCUCAUCUUUUACUAUGACUUUGGUUACUUUCUCUUUCUUUUAUGUUAUUCAUGGUGUAUGUGUGUGUAUCUACUACAAUAUGGUGCAUACAUGGCUGCGAAAUGUCAUUUUUGGUACCAUGACUUUAAAAGGAACAUUUUUUUUAAGUUUGCAGGUUAUUGUUGUAAAAUAAUGUUGUUGUAUCGUAAUGUAUGGUUCAUAGUGGUAUAUCUCAGUUGUUAGUGUUAUAUCUUAGUUGGUAAAGGUCAAAAAAUACAUUCAGUUAGUGAAUAUCGUAUUGUAUCUCUUUUAAAAGCGUAUUCUACAUCCUAUACCUAUAUAAUGCUAUUUCAGUUUUGGAGGAUCUGACUUCUCGAUACCUGAAAAGAAGUCUGACGACGCAUCUACAGGAGAAUCGUUGUUCAAAGUAAAAAGAGCCAUCAACAAAUUUGCACCAUCUUCUUCAAUAUCUGUCAAAGACAUAUUGACCAAGAAGAAGCAUGCCUACAACAUCACUACGUUGGACUUGUCCAGUUCAGAAUUUCCUCCAGAAUUCAAGACAAAAGGUCAAAUCAACAUAACUGGGUAUUCGAUCAUACUCUCCGGACUGCCUCACUUCACAGAGUACACUAUUUCGGUAAGGAGUAUUUGGAAUUGAGCUAAAAUUAAGGGUCAUUGGUAGUAUGGGCCAUGUUUUCUAUUUGGUAUACCUGGAAACUGCAGAAUUUUGGUUUUAAUAUUUAUAUAAUGGUCUAUAUUUAUGAAAUUUAUAGUUUUGAAAAGCGAUUUUACAAUUUUAAAGCAUUUUCGAUCUAAAUUGAUGGCAUAACUUUUAGAUAUAUGCUUGUCAAGACGUCACAGAACCAGACGCUUCUUGUUCACAAAAACCAGCUUGGGCUAAUGUUCGAACUGCUCCCAUUCGUAAGUUUUGAAACUAAAACUUCAAUUUAUAAAUUUUUUAUUUUAAAUAUAUGGCAAGUUGACAAAGUUUAUUAUUGACAAAAGUCGCAUCUAGAUUUGAGCUUUCUUUCCACUAAUUUUGCAAAGAUAAUAUUGUUUUAGCGUGUUUUUGGCCGAAAAAGUUCGAUUUUUUUGUUUUUCUCUCGAAAUUCGCAGCUUUUUUGUUUCUUUUUGCCAUUCCCAUAUUCGUGGGAAUCCGGGUACCCUCUGGCAUUUAUUUUUUUCGGGUUUUAUUUGUUUCAACGUGCCAGUAGUCCAGUGGUUAGGACGCUGCCCUCCCAAGGCAGAGGCCCGAGUUCGAAUCCCGGUUGGCGCAAACUUUUUUGCCGGAGGUUUGCAUAUUUUUGGAUAACAACCAUGAUCUUUGGAAUAUUUAAUUUAUUUUUCAAUUUGAAAUACCAACUAUUUUUGAAAAAUAUUGAUUUUUUAUUGUUUUUGUAAAAUACGGAUCGUCCUUUGUUGCGGGACGAUAGGUCCCUUUGUGAAUGAGUCCUUAUAAAAAUCAAUAGUAACAUUGUGUGAUUUGAUUUGGAUUAAAAGCUAAAUUCUGUUCUUUUCAGCUGAAUACGACAAGGUGAAUGAAACAACAAUAUACGUGUUGAAUGCGACAGAUGGUCAACCAGAUUCUCGUCACAUUACCUGGUCGCCUCCUGAAGAUCCAAAUGGUCCGAUACUGGCAUAUCACGUUAGGCUUUAUAAGGGAGAAUCGGUGGGUUAUUAUAGUUUUAAAGGAUAACGUAGUCCUUGGAGUUUGGAAAUUUACGCAUUGUUUUUAAAAUUUAAAAAAAUGUUACCUAAAAUUUAAAUCUAAUAUGUGACAAUAAUGCUUCAGAUUCCACUGCCACUUUGUAUAAACAAGACAGAAUUCGAAAAGAACGGCGGAGUAACCUUCCGCCACUUAACUGAUGGUGACUACACUUUCCAAAUAUCUACAGUAACCCUAGCAGGAGUCAGUGAACCGACUACAGUAGAAAGCCUGUUCAUCCUCAACAACAAAGGCCCCAAUUACAUCUUGUGGAUACUCAUAUUCCUCAUCGUAUCCAUCUUGUUGGCCUUGUUUGGCGUCUACAUUGUGCCAUUCUUUAUCCCUGACAAGAUCAAGAAGAUGACGAUGGCCAACUUCACCAUGAACCCCGAGUACCUGACCGAACUCAUGAUGUACGAGAAGGACGAGUGGGAGUUGGAACGUGACGUUAUUCAACUUGAGGCGGAGAUUGGCAAGGGUAACUUUGGCAAAGUGUUCUACGGGCGUGGUAAUAACGUCAAGUCGAUGGCAGGGAUCGAGUUCACGGAUUGUGCUGUGAAGACGUUGAGUACGGAGAUUGGCGGUCAAGACAGAGUACCGUUCUUGGCAGAGGCUCAUCUCAUGAAGAAAUACAAAAGUCCUCAUGUUGUCAAACUUCUGGGCGUGGUAAGUGACCCGCCGGUUAUGGUGGUCAUGGAGUAUAUGCACCAUGGCUCGCUACGUGACUACCUGACCAGAUUCAACCCUCAUGAUGAACAUUAUGAAAACAAGUACCUAACCUAUCGUCGCAUGAUCAUGUGGGCAUUGGAGAUAGCUGAUGGUAUGGCAUAUCUGGAGAACAAAAAGUUCGUUCAUCGUGAUCUGGCUGCCAGAAACUGCAUGGUGGACAAGAAUGAAGUGGUCAAGAUCGGAGACUUCGGAUUCACAAGAGAUAUCUAUUACCGAGACUACUACAAGCCUACUGGAAAUCAUCUGAUGCCUGUUAGAUGGAUGUCUCCAGAAGCUCUUCGUGACGCUCGCUACACUUCAAAAUCUGACAUCUGGUCGUACGGUAUUGUUCUGUACGAGAUUCUGAGUCUCGGAGGUCAACCGUAUGGUGGAUUGAGCAACGACAGUGUCUUCAGCUAUGUAGUCAAUGACAAGUUCUGUCUAGUACGACCUAAUGGCUGUCCCAUCUUCUGGUACGCUUUGAUGAGAUGUUGUUGGCGGUACAAUCCAAAUAAUCGACCCUUCUUUUGGGAGAUCGUACAGUACCUGGCGACCUUCUUGAACUAUGGUGAUCCACUUCUAGAAUCAGCUUUUGCUUUGAAUAUGGAGAGGGAAGGUGCUACACGACCAGGUCAGAUGGAGACCGACUUCUUGGCCGCGAUGAUCGAAGACUUUGCUGGUCCAAACAAUGGAGCCAUCUACACUUCUGGCAACGACAGAAGACGAAGGAAACGUGGUCGACGUCACGGUGGCAGAACUGACAUCAGACGCUUCCUAAAUGGCAUGGAGUCGGAUUCGGCCGAAGACGAGGAAAUCAGGAACAACAACCUCUACGCUGCCAUCAAGUUCCUGGUGGAUAAUGAUAUGCGAGUAUUGGAUGGUUUCGAAGAGGAGGAACACAAGUUAUCCAUGCAUUACUACGACGGAAUGCCGAUCGAUGCGUGGGAAGAGAUGGCAGAACUUCAUCGUGCCAUGGAGAUGAGUGAGCAAAUGGUGCAGAACGGAGAGGAAGAUGACGAACAUCUGACCGAACUGAAUGACGAUAGGAUUCUGGACUUUGUGGAUGGGGAUAUGGGUGAUUCUGAUCAUCCCCCAGAAGAAGAAGAGGAAGAGCCGGCGGAGUUGGAAGAAAGUGUGACGGAAACUGAUGACACGGUGAGUAUGAUUAGGAUUUUCAAAAACAAUUUUCAAUGUUUAAAGAGUCUUUAGAAGCUAGACAAAUAGUGAAAACUUCGAAAAAUUCAGUUUUUCGGCCAGAAAAAAAAAGUAUUUUUUUUGAGACGCGCAGCUUGCGCCACGCUUCUUGAACACGUGUGCAGCCUGCAGAAUUAUUUUAUACAAAAGGAUUUAGAAAUUGAUCUUUUUUCUAAGUUUUUGGGGUUUUCAAAUUUAUUUAAUGACGAAACUACUAUAAUUAAACAUAUCAAACAUUCCUUUUACGUCACAAACAUCUAAAACACAAAGUUCACCUCAUGAUCAAUAUUUUCAGGAGUCUGGAAACUACGAGUCCGAAAUUCGAAGACCAAACAUCAUUGAGCGCUUCGCCAAAGACUUUAAAAUCUACCCUAUUGAUUUGGAAAAAGGAUCGGAUAUGACAAAACUUUUACCGCCUCGGGAAAAGGCUUCUGAAGUGAGAAACGAGUACGUUCCGGAGUAUUCGGCUACAGCUGUCGACGAGUACAGUGAGUCGGAACAGACGGAUUCUACUGAUACGAAGAAGGAUGGAAUGGACAUUGCUGAUCUUGAAGCCCUCAGGGAAUCUUGCAAAAAGAAUGGCGCGCCACCGCCCAAGAAUAACAUCAGAAGUCAGAAUUCUGUACCGUCACUGCCUUCUAUUGCUGAAGUUGAUCUCUCACGGUACCCGAAUAAUAUGUAG